AUCAAGUUAAAAAUAAUAAUGGGUGACUAUGAUGAUAAAGUUAAAUUAGCUGAUGCUUUUGAAGUUGGUAUUGACGAAAGUGAUGUUUGUGAUAAAAUACGGUAUUCAGUCACCUGUCAAGAAUUAGUUGAACUAAUGAAGAGAAAUGAUACAUCAGUUGCAAUUAAUGAAAAGUUUAACGGUAUUAGUGGUCUUGUAAAAGCUUUAAAUAGUUCUGUUAGUCAAGGUCUUUUAGGUACCCAUUCUGAUAUUGAAGAUCGAAAAAAAAAAUUUGGUAGAAAUUAUAUUGAAACAAGACCUCCAAAAACAUUUCUGAGUCUAGUUUGGGAAGCACUUAGAGAUCCAAUACUUAGAAUAUUAUCUGUUUGUGCAAUAAUAUCUUUUGUGCUUGGAAUGGUUAUUGAUAAUGUUAAAACUGGCUGGAUUGAAGGUUUUGCUAUUUUGGUUGCUGUUGCUAUAUGUUCACUUGUUGCUGCUCUGAAUGACUGGCAAAAAGAAAAACAAUUUAGACAACUACAGAAUAAGAUUGAUGAUGAGCAAGUUGUAAAUGUAUUACAAAGUGGAGAUAUUGUUAAACAAAAAGUUAGUGAGCUUGUAGUUGGUGAUAUUUGUUUCCUGAAUUAUGGGGAUUUAAUUCCAGCUGAUGGAAUUUUACUUCAUGCAAAUGAUCUAAAAGUGGAUGAAAGUUCGUUAACAGGGGAGUCAAAUUUAGUAAAAAAGAAUUUAAAUUAUCCAGCAUUGUUUUCUGGUACAUUUGUUAUGGAAGGCAGUGGUAAAUAUAUUAUUACAGCUGUUGGAAUUAAUUCUAAGUCAGGUAGUAUAAUGCUGUUAUUAGGAGCUGCUGAAAAAACUAAUGAAGUGCAUAUAGAAAUAGAUGAAUCUACUGAAGAAGUAAAAACUUCGAAAAAUCAAAAUAAAGAGAAAGAAAAAUCUAUUUUGCAAAUCAAAUUAACAAAGUUGGCCGUAUUAAUUGGAUGGAUUGGUGUAGCUGCUGGCAUAAUUACUGCGUUUGUUAUUAUUUUAAGAUUUUGUAUUCAAACAUAUGCUGUAGAAAAAAAACCUUGGGAUAAAAAACAUUUGAUAGAUUUUCUUCAUGCUAUUAUUGUUGGAAUAACAAUUAUGGUUGUUGCAAUCCCUGAAGGUUUGCCACUUGCUGUAACAAUAUCCUUAACAUAUUCUAUCAAAAAAAUGUUACUUGACAAUAAUUUAGUGCGUCAUUUGACUGCUUGUGAGACAAUGGGAAAUGCAACUGUAAUUUGUUCAGAUAAAACAGGCACUUUAACAACAAAUCGAAUGACUGUUGUUGAAAGUUACAUGCAAUGUACUCAUUUUAAUGGAACUCCAAUGAUUAAUGCUCUUGACAGUAGUUUUUUAGAACUUUUUUGUCAAUCUGUCUCCAUUAAUAGCAACUCGGGAUCACAAAUAAAACCUUCAGAAACACCUAAUGGAUUUCCCAAUCAAGUUGGUAAUAAAACAGAAUGUGCUUUACUUGCCUUUGUUUUGGAACUUGGUAAAACAUAUCAAACUUAUCGCGAUGAAGUUCCUCAAGAAAAGUUUGUGCGUGUAUAUACUUUUAAUUCCUUGCGUAAAUCUAUGUCAACAGUUAUUAAUAAGCCUGAGGGUGGUUAUCGAAUGUUCUCUAAAGGUGCUUCUGAAAUACUUUUAAAACAAUGCAAUAGAAUAGUGAAUAAAAAUGGAAGCAUUGAGAAUUUUGAUCAAGAACAAAAAGAAAAUCUAAAAGAUACUGUGAUUAAAGAUAUGGCUUCUAAUGGAUUAAGAACUAUUUGCGUUGCUUAUAAAGACUUUUCUUCUGAGCAAGCAGCAGUUGAUUGGGAAGAUGAAUCAAAUGUUUUAUCUGACUUAAUAUGUUUAGCAAUAGUAGGAAUUGAGGAUCCUGUCAGACCAGAGGUUCCAAAUGCUGUUAGACAAUGUCAAAGUGCUGGAAUCACUGUUUUAAUGGUUACAGGUGAUAACAUUAACACAGCUCGAUCUAUUGCACUUAAAUGUGGUAUACUUGAAAAAAAUAGUGAUUUCUUGGUUAUUGAAGGAAGAGAGUUUGACUCAAAGAUAAGAGACAAUAAAGGAAAGAUUCAACAAGAGCUUAUAGAUAAUAUAUGGCCAAGAAUUCGUGUAAUGGCACGAUCAUCACCUGAAGAUAAGUAUAACCUUGUUAAAGGUAUAAUUGAUAGUAAACUAAGCAAAUCUAGGGAAAUUGUUGCUGUCACUGGUGAUGGUACUAAUGAUGGUCCAGCUCUCAAGAAAGCAGAUGUUGGGUUUGCAAUGGGAAUUCAAGGAACAGAAGUAGCAAAAGAGGCAUCUGAUAUCAUUCUGACAGAUGAUAAGUUUACAAGUAUUGUAAAAGCUGUUAUGUGGGGAAGAAAUGUUUAUGAUAGUAUUUCUAAGUUUAUUCAGUUUCAAUGUACAGUAAAUUUUGCUGCAAUAUGGAUUUCAAUAAUUGGCUCAAUUGUUUUAUCAGUAAGCCCUUUAAGUGCCAUGCAGCUGCUAUGGAUAAAUUUAAUUAUGGAUUCAUUUGCCUCACUUGCUCUUGCAACUGAACAUCCUACAGUUGAACUUUUAAAACGUAAGCCAUACGGACGCACUAAAUCUCUUAUUUCUCAUUCAAUGAUUCGCUUUAUACUUGGCCAUGGAUUCUAUCAACUUAUCAUUAUUCUAAUUAUUACCUUUCGUGGUCAUAUCUUGUUUGACAUUCAAUAUGGUUUCACUAAUCCUCAUAUACCAUCACAACAUUUAACUAUCUUAUUCAAUACAUUUGUUAUGUUGCAAAUCUUUAAUGAAAUUAAUGCAAGAAUGGUGCAUGGUGAACGUAAUGUUUUCAAAAACAUUUUUGAAAACAAACUUUUUAGUAUCAUAGUCAUUGGAACAGUUAUUGUGCAGAUGAUUCUUGUUGAGUUUGGUGGUAGCGCUCUAGCUGUUCAUCCUUUAAGUAUUGAUCAGUGGUUUUGGUGCAUAUUUCUUGGAUUUAGUGAACUUUUAUGGGGACAAGUAAUAAUAACUAUGCCGAAGUUUGCCAAAAAAAUUUUUCAUAAUUUAUUUCGAUAGGAAGUUUAAAAAAAAUUUUAAUAGGGUAUUUUUUAAAUGAAUUUUUUUUUUCUUUUUUCACAUUUUUUUUAUUUAUUUAUUUUUCAUUUCGGUUAUUUAUAAUUUUUAAACUUAAAAUUACGAUGACGCAAUUUUAUUUGAAGUUUGUUUCUAUCAUUUUACCUACAGAUUUUUAUUACACAGUUUUUAGAGUUGU